AUGAGGACGUUAUUCUUUACGGCUUUUGUGGCCCUUCUCACUGUCGGCGUAUACACUGAAGAGAAAGAUGACAAGAAAGAAACCAAAUACGGAACGAUCAUCGGUAUUGAUCUGGGAACCACAUAUUCCUGCGUAGGAGUGUACAAGAACGGGCGUGUGGAAAUUAUCGCCAACGAUCAAGGAAACCGUAUCACUCCGUCGUACGUUGCUUUCUCUGGUGACACUGGAGAGCGUUUGAUCGGUGAUGCUGCCAAAAAUCAGUUGACUAUUAACCCUGAAAAUACCGUAUUCGAUGCAAAACGUUUAAUCGGACGUGACUACAACGACAAGACUGUUCAGGACGACAUUAAGUUGUGGCCAUUCAAGAUCGUUGACAAGAACAACAAACCCCAUGUUUCUUUGAAUGUCGGCAAGGACAAAAAACAGUUCACUCCUGAAGAGAUUUCUGCGAUGGUUCUCGGCAAGAUGAAAGAAAUCGCAGAGUCCUACCUUGGAAAGGAAGUGAAGCACGCUGUAGUCACCGUGCCUGCCUACUUCAACGAUGCCCAGCGUCAAGCUACUAAGGAUGCGGGAACCAUUGCUGGAUUAAACGUUGUUCGAAUCAUCAAUGAACCAACAGCAGCUGCCAUCGCAUACGGUCUUGACAAGAAGGAAGGUGAACGUAAUAUCCUCGUAUUCGAUCUUGGAGGUGGUACCUUUGAUGUCUCCAUGCUUACCAUCGAUAACGGUGUGUUCGAAGUGUUGGCCACUAACGGAGACACUCACCUUGGAGGAGAAGACUUUGACCAGAGAGUCAUGGAGUACUUCAUCAAGCUGUACAAAAAGAAAACUGGCAAAGAUCUCCGCAAGGACAAGCGUUCUGUACAGAAGCUACGUCGUGAAGUAGAGAAGGCUAAGAGAGCCCUGUCUACUCAACACCAAAUCAAGGUCGAAGUCGAAUCGAUUAUCGAUGGCGAAGACUUCUCUGAGACUCUUACAAGAGCCAAAUUCGAGGAACUCAACAUGGACUUGUUCCGUGCUACCCUGAAGCCCGUACAAAAAGUAUUGGAGGAUUCAGAUCUCAAAAAAGACCAAGUCCACGAAAUCGUACUUGUCGGCGGAUCCACCCGUAUCCCAAAGGUCCAGCAACUCAUCAAGGAUUUCUUCAACGGAAAGGAACCUUCCCGUGGUAUCAACCCCGACGAAGCUGUCGCCUAUGGAGCUGCCGUCCAGGCUGGAGUGAUCAGCGGUGAAGAGAAUACCGGAGACAUUGUACUUCUCGAUGUGAACCCACUUACGCUCGGUAUUGAGACUGUUGGAGGUGUGAUGACGAAGCUGAUCACCCGUAAUACAGUUAUUCCGACGAAGAAGUCGCAGAUCUUCUCUACUGCUGCUGAUAACCAGCCAACUGUCACAAUUCAGGUAUUUGAAGGAGAGCGUCCAAUGACAAAAGACAAUCACGAACUCGGCAAGUUCGACCUUACCAACAUUCCACCUGCCCCACGAGGAGUGCCGCAGAUUGAGGUCACGUUCGAAAUUGACGUGAACGGUAUCCUUCACGUAACAGCCGAAGACAAGGGAACGGGAAACAAGAACAAAAUCACUAUUACGAACGAUCAGAACCGUCUCAGUCCUGAAGACAUUGAACGAAUGAUUAAUGACGCAGAGAAGUUUGCUGAAGACGACAAGAAGGUCAAGGAACAAGUGGAGGCGAGAAAUGAGCUGGAGUCGUAUGCAUACUCGCUGAAGAACCAGAUUGGAGAUAAGGAAAAACUGGGUGGCAAAUUGGAAGAGGAAGACAAGAAGACUCUUGAGGAGGCCGUCGAUGAGACGAUCAAGUGGCUCGAGAGCAAUCGUGAGGCCACCACUGAUGAACUCAAAGAACAGAAGAAGGAACUCGAGAGCAAAGUCACACCAAUUACCAGCAAACUGUACAAGGAUGCCGGAGCUGGCGCGGGGGCAGGUGCAGGAGAAGAGACGAAAGACGAGCUCACGAUUGACCACAUUCACACUGUUUCGAAACUCAUCAAACUCAUCGAGGUAUCGCGAGAGUACAAGAUGCCGCUUUGUCUCACAUUCAUCGACUUGAAGAAGGCCUUCGACUCAGUUGAGACGGAAGCGGUCGUGGAAGCCUUGGAGAACCAAGGCGUCCCUACUCAGUACAUAAAGGUUCUUCGAGAGUUGUACACCACCCUCGAGAACGCAUUGCGAAAGUUGGAAUGGGACGACAUGGGAGUGAAGGUUGAUGGUCGGCAGCUACACCAUUUGCGCUUUGCUGAUGACAUCGUACUGAGGCAAGCGGAACGAAUGCUGACCGAAUUCGACGAAACAUGUGGAUGCAUCGGUCUUCAGCUGAAUCUACAAAAGACGAUGUUCAUGCGGAACGGAUGGGUCUCGGAUGCCCCAUUCACGCUCAACGGAACGAACAUAUCCGAAUGCAUCAGCUACGUUUAUCUGCGUCGGGAACUGAACAUGAUGAACGACCUGACCCCCGAGCUGGGCAGGAGGAGACGAGAGGCUUGGGGAGCGUACAAGAGCAUCGAGGAUGUAGUGAAGAAGACCAGGAACACCCUGCUCCGUGCUCACCUCUUCAACACCACCGUACUUCCUGCUUUGACCUAUGCUUCGGAAACCUGGGCAUUUCGCAGGCACGAAGAAAACGCGGUGAGCGUCAUUGAACGCGCAAUUGGGAGAGUGAUGCUGGGAGUAUCCCGUUUCACGCAAGUGAGGGACUGGAUUCGAAGUUCUCUCCUACGCCAGCGAUCGAAGAUUAGAGACGCCGCCGCGUUUCCCAAGAAAAGUAAAAUAAGGUGGGCCGGACACGUGAUGCGCUUUAAUGACAACCGUUGGACCAGAGCCGUGAGCGACUGGGUUCCCCGCGAUAUUAAGCGCACUACAGGAAGACCCCUGACCCGAUGGUCAGAUUUCUUCACGAAGCCCUUCAAAGAAAAAUAUGAAGCUCUUCGUGUCCCACGCGAAAGGAGGAACCACUGGGCUACUCUGGUACGCGAUCGGGACAAAUGGAAGAAUUACUGGCGUCCGCUCGACCAGUUCGAAGAUCAACGGGAGUCAAGGUGA